AUGAAGAAGUUAAUGAAGAUCUUGAACAUUCUAAGUCAUCAAAUCACAAACUAUAUGGAUGAAGAUUUUGAACAAUCAAGUCAUGAAAUCCAAAACUUUAGUGUUUCAGGUGACUGUUCUAAUUCUUUUAAUGAUGGAAAUUCAAAUAGUAGGACUAGCUCAAGUUGUGUAUCAGAGUUUUAUAUGUUAGAGGCUCUACAUGAUAUCAAACCAGAUGUUCCUGAAGAGUUUAAACCUACUAAGGAAAUGAGCUUCAAAGAUGUGGAUGAGGGAAUUAAUUUUUAUAAAAGAUAUGCAAAGAAAGUUGGUUUUGAUGUUCGUUUGAACACAUUAAGGAAAGUUGGUGAUAUAAUAAAGCAUAGGUUUUUGGUUUGUAACAGGAUGGGUAAACCAAAAUUGAAUCCAACAGAACGUAAUACAAUCUACAGGGUUACAGAUUGUAAAGCUAAAAUUAUUGUGAAACGUGUCAAAGGAACAAGUGAGUGUAAGUUUGAUAAGUUUCAAGAAAAUCACAACCACGAGCUUGAAGAUACAUUUCAUUUGAAAAGUACAAGGACUCUUUCAUACUCUGACAAGGAGUUCAUUGUUCGGGAGUCUACUGCAAAAGUGGGUGCUAUAAAAGCUUACAAACUGAAAUCAACUUUGAAAGGUGGUUUUCAAUAUGUAAGGGGCAAGGUUGUAGAUUACAUAAAUUUUAAGAGGGAUAUGGGCUCUAUUAUUGAAUUCAAAGAUGCUCAACUUAUUUGGUUUGGGCCGAUGAAACAGAUAAAGCAUACUACAGUGAAUUUGGAGAUGUUAUCACUUGAUGCAACAUUUCGUACAAAUAAGUAUUCAUUGGUGUUUGUUCCAUUCACUGUCAUUAAUCAUCAUAAAUCAUCUGUUACUGUUGGAGUCGGGUUGUCAAGCACGGAGGAUGUGGAUUCGUAUAAAUGGCUUCUUGAGCAAUUUAUGAAGGUUCAUUCAAAUAAACAAUCAUUACUUGUUUUAACUGAUCAAGAUGCAACAUUAAAGCAAGCAGUUGAGUCUGUUUUUCUCAAUCCAAGCAUAGAUUGUGCAUGUGGCAUAUCAUGA